AUGUCCAACAUGCCUACUAUGCCUCUUACUGCUCCGGUUCGAUUCCCUCGUGGCACUGUAUGGCGUAUUCAAGAACACACUGUGCAUUUCACCGUGGAGGAGAAUUGUCCAGUUGGGACCAAACUGGGCAAGAUCACACCAGCUCAGUCCCCAUUGACCAAUGGAUUCGAGGCAGACAGUCAGUUGCAUAGCGGAGUGAAAUAUCAAUUUGGUGCUCCAUCUAGCCUUUUUACUGUUGAUGAACAGACUGGUAUGGUGUCUACUGUUGGCAAAAUCGACGCGGAACAACUCUGUGCAAAAGCACGAGAUGAAGAGCGAUCGGGAAUUGUUGUCGACGGCUGGGUUGCGGAGGAACAGCCAACUAUACUCGAUCGAGUUUCAUGUCCUCAAAACGGAAGCCUUACUGUGCACGUGGAUAUAAAUAUGGUUCGUGCUGAUGCAAGCCUCGUGUCCAUUUUUCGCACCAUCAUACAUGUGAAAGACCUCAACGAUAACGCGCCCUAUUUCGACCAACCCAGAUGGCAUCGAAGACUGAAGGAGGCACUGUACCGAAAAGGUCGUCGAUUAGAUCUACCAAAAGCUCAGGACAAUGAUGUGACUCUGCCGAAUCGACAAAUUCGCUACCGACUUGAACCAUCGGUAAAAGAGGUGAGCAACAGUUUCGGACCGUUUCGUUUGGAAAUCAGUCCAACCGGACAACCAGGUUUAGUGUUGAUGGAAGAUCUAGAUGCUGAGCUGUAUUCGGCUUACCAUUUGAUUCUGGUCGCAUACGGUCCAUUAGAGUUGGAUCGGGAUCGAACGGUCAACACCGGGUGGAGUGAUUCGUCCCAGUCCGAAGCCCGCCUGGAAAUCUAUAUUGAAGUGAUCGAUAUGAAUGACAAUGAGCCGCGGUUUGCGAGAACAAAUUACAACAUCAGUGUUUCGGAAGAUACGCCAGUCGGUUCGAUCAUUUAUCAACUGACAGCUCACGAUCCGGACAAGUCGGCCAAUCUAACAUAUUCCAUCAAGCCCUUGGAAAAAGGUGUACUGGCAAGUUCCACCUUUCAUGUGACGCCGGACGGUCGGGUGCAACUUAGUGGCCCACUGGACUACGAAGGCCAACGCAAUUAUGAGCUACCUGUGCAAGUUAAAGACGGCGAAUUCAACGCGUAUACCACGCUAUUUGUUUCCGUGCUGGACACAAACGACGAACCGCCUCGCUUUGAGAUUAAUCCAAAACAAAUUGUGGCCAGCGAGCAUGCAGUUCCCGGAAAGUUGAUUGGUCAGGUGAGAAUAUACGAUCCGGAUGGGGAGGAGAUCAACGGACAUGUUAGGUGUUUUGAACCCCCUGGGCUGGAACGCAAUCAACCACUGGCAUUCUUACCGGACCCCCGACAAAAUCCGUUUGCGUUGGUGUAUGAUCUAACAACGCGUGUGUUUCUGGAUCGUGAGUCCGAGGAUCAGGCAAACGGGGGACAGAUGCGGGUCUAUCUUGUAUGUACAGAUGGAAGCGAUUCACGACAGCAUGGAGUGCAAUACAAUGAGAAGCACACCUCGACUAUGACCAUCGUAUUGACUGUAAAAGAUGAGAACGAUCAUCCGCCAGUGUUCGAUCAGCCAAUUUAUCAUGUUGCUGUUUAUGAGAACAAUGCGAUUGGAGAAAAAUUGAUACAGGUACACGAUUUCCUUGAAGUUCAUUUAUUAUACUACAUGGAAUUUUCACCAGAAGUUUUUUAUUCAAAGAUAGUUUGA